UGAAUUUCUAACGAAACUCCCGAAAAAAUCGGGGAAUCUCUCUUGAGAACGGAAUCGAGUCUGUUUGUUUUGAUCAGUGAUCCUUCAUGAAGUUUUGUCCUGGUGGAAUGCCAGACUAUAGAUGGAAAUCGUUUUUGCAGGGAUAAGCACUUAUUGCCUGCAAAGAUGUCAAGACCAAGUGCAAUGAUGGAGGCUCAGCUUUGGGAUUCGGAGCUCACAAUGAGCAUCGUGGUGACGGUGUUUGUGGCUGUCAUCACAGUUCUGGUCGUCUUGUUCUUUGGGAUAUGGAAGUUCAAGUCGAAAGUUUUACCCAGCCAAACAGAAGCGCCAAGAAGGUACAGAUUCCGCAAGAGGGACAAAGUCAUAUUCUUUGGCCGUAAAAUGCUGCGAAAGGUGAAGAGCUUCACUCGGAACACGGUGGGUCCCUCUUCGAGCGGCACCUUCAGGCGGAAGCCAAGUCACAGGCUUAUGAUUUCUCGCCUCCGUCGGUUCUUGGCUCAGCGCAAGGAGACCAGCAAGCCCUCGCUGCGCCAGCAGAGUCCCCCUCAGUCCUUCCUGGAGGCCGACUGGUCAGACAUUGAGGAUGACCACAGGCUGCCCCCUGAGGUGCUCUACAUGCUGCGUAGUGUUAGGGUAUUUGGUCAUCUGGAGAAACCGUUCUUCCUGGAGCUGUGCCGCUUUAUGGAGACCAUCAUGCUCCGAGCCGGCAACUUCCUGUUCAGGAUAGGAGACCCGGACGACAGCAUCUACGUGGUGCAGCACGGUCUGCUGGACGUGUUCAUCACAGAUGCCGAUGGCACAGAGCAUCUGGUGAAGCAGGUUGCCACGGGCAACAGUAUCCACAGCCUUCUGUCUAUCCUAGAUGUGCUUACGGGUCACCCGGGUCCAUUCAAGAGUGUCUCCGCCCGAGCUGUGACAGACUCCACCAUUUUGCGACUGCCGGCCCACGCCUUCAAGUCCAUGUUUGAGAAGUUCAACGAAUCCACAGUCAAGGUCGUGCAGAUCAUUAUGAUCCGCCUUCAGCGAGUGACUUUUUCUGCCCUUCACAACUACCUGGGACUCAGUAGCGAACUCCUGAAACCGGGCCAACAUUGCUGCUCCGGCCGCCAACAACGCUGCUCCGGCCGCCAACAACAGCAGUACCGUUGUGCCAGGGUCGGAGGAUGUGACGGUCGAGGGCAAGACAUUAGGCGUUUUUACUUCCUCCGCUAAUGCUGCUGCCACAGGUGGCGCUCCCGGAGGCACGCCAUGUCGCAGGAUUCCCUCGACGAGCUCGGAGAGGGUGAUGUUGAGUCGUCUCGGCAGUGACUCAGGCUCUCAGAUGUCAGACUUUGAGCAGGCCCUGAUGCGAGCGCGCGCCACCGUGAUGACAGACGAGCGCAGCAUUGUGCUGAGCGGCUCUCCACCGCGCCGCUGGUCGGUCGCCGACCAACAGACAGAGACCACAUCGCUCUCAGCCUACCGGACCCGCAUGGUGCACGACGAGGAGCACAUCUUGGGACUCGCCUCCAAGGACCUGGUUCAAAUCCUAGGUCUCAAGGACCCAACUUUGCUGGACAAUCGUUUAACACUGAACUAUGUCAGGGCUGGUUCCAUCUUCUGUAAACAGGGAGAUCAGGAUGCCAGUUUGUUCUUCCUGGUGAAGGGAACUGUGAGUGUCCUCCAGAACAAGGUGGGAGAGUCGGCCAAAGAGGCCCUGAUGUUCCAAGCGGAGCCAGGUGAGAUCAUCGACGUGCUGGCUGUGCUGACCGGCGAGCCUUCCUUUUUCACCAUGAGGGCCAAGACUGACGCGAUCAUGGUGGUCAUCUCCAAGCCAGACUUUUACCAGAUAAUGCGGGUGGAGCCAUUUAUCGUGCUGAACGUGGCUCACACCACCGUGCGCCGCAUGUCCACCUUUGUGAGGCAGAUUGACUUUGCUCUGGACUGGCAGAUGCUAGAGGCAGGGAAGGCUCUAUUCAGACAAGGGGACUCCAGCGAAAGUAUCUUCAUCGUGCUGACCGGUCGGCUGAGGUCAGUCAUCACCACCCUGGGGGGGAAGAAGGAACUGGUCAAUGAAUUCGGCCGCGGAGAACUGGUGGGCAUUGUGGAGGUGUUGACGCAGCAUGAACGCGCUACCACCGUGCUGGCUAUCAGAGACACGGAGCUGACCAAGAUCCCUUCAGAGUUGCUGAACCUGAUCAAGCUGCGGUACCCCCAGGUGGUUGCCCGACUCAUCCAUCUGCUCGGGACCCGCAUCCUGGGCACGCUGCAGCAGAAGAACUCCAUGAACCUCCAGGCCUCCAUGCCACUGGACAGUGCCGACACGUUUUCCAAGAUGGAGAGGACGACAGUGGCCAACCUGGCGACCAUAGCGAUUGUGCCGGUGACGGAGGACGUGCCCCUGACCAACUUUUCCCUGGAGCUGCAACAUGCCCUGCUCUCUAUAGGUCCAACAGUUAGACUGACCACUGACAUUGUCAAAGCUCGCUUGGGCACGGGAGCUCUGGACGGAGUGAACGAGUUCCGGCUGUUCAACUGGCUGAGCCAGCAGGAAGACAUCCACCGCAUGGUGCUGUACCAGUGCGACUACCAGCUGAGCAAGUGGACCAAGCACUGCCUGCGACAGGCCGACUGUAUCCUCAUUGUGGCACUCGGAGACAAGGACCCCAAAGUUGGGCCCAUCGAGCAGGAGCUGGAGAACUUUGCGGUGCGAGCCCAGAAAGAGCUGAUCCUGCUGCACAAGGAAGACGCGGAGACCCCGCGCAACACGGCCGACUGGCUCAACUUCCGCGGCUGGCUCUCCUCACACCACCACAUCCGCUGUCCUAAGCGUGUGCUGAAGGCACGGUCACCUGCCAAAACUUUGGAAAUGUAUGAACGCCUGUUUGAAACUCCUCCUGAUCGUCUCACAGACUUCUCUCGUCUAGCCCGCUUCUUAACGGGCACAUCUAUUGGCCUAGUUCUGGGAGGUGGAGGUGCCAGAGGACUAGCCCAUGUUGGGAUGAUUAAGGCGAUGAGGGAGGUGGGCAUUCCCAUUGACAUGGUUGGGGGGACCAGCAUGGGUUCCUUCAUCGGCGCGCUGUGGGCAGAGGAGAGGAACUACGUGCGCUUCACUCAGAGAGCAAGAGAAUGGUCUAUGAACAUGACGUCCUUGUGGAAGAAGAUCUGGGACCUGACUUACCCAGUGACGUCAAUGUUCACAGGCUGGUCUUUCAACGAGUCUAUUGAGGCCACAUUCCGGGAACGCCAGAUAGAGGACUUGUGGAUUCCGUAUUUUUGCAUCACAACAAACAUAUCCAAUUCCAGUAUGAGAGUACAUUCCGUAGGCAGCGUGUGGCGUUAUGUCCGGGCCAGCAUGUCUCUCUCGGGCUACUUGCCCCCGCUGUGUGACCCCGUGGACGGCCACUUGCUCUUGGACGGAGGCUACGUAAAUAACUUGCCAGCCGAUGUGAUGCGGAGCAUGGGAGCCAAGAUGGUGUUUGCCGUCGACGUGGGGAGCCUGGAUGAGAAAGACCUCACCAACUAUGGCGACUCACUGUCUGGCUGGUGGUUGUUAUGGAAACGGUGGAAUCCCUGGGCGAAACCUGUGAGGGUGCCUGACAUGGCCGAGAUCCAGUCCCGCCUUGCCUACGUGUCAUGCGUGCGGCAGCUGCAGAUCGUCAAGAACUCGGACUACUGUGAGUACAUCCGCCCGCCCAUCGACCGCUACGCCACGCUACAGUUCGGCAGCUUCGACGAGAUUGUGGAUACAGGCUACCAUCACGGGAAGACCAUGUUCGCGGCCUGGACCAAGGGCGGGCUCAUGGAGAAUUUGUUCAAGGAGAGCCCGGCUGGCACAACGGAGGCCAAGAAGAAGGAACGAAACCUGGCCAAGAACAACGUGCCUGUGAUGGCCUACUUCACAGAUCUUGCGGAGCAGGUGUCUCGGAUUGAAAAACCAAAGAAAUCCUACUGGCCUGCAGACUCGGAAGAGGACGACGUAAUCGAAGAAAUGGAUGAGGAAGACCACGCGGAAAACAUGGAGGGCUACGAGGAGGACGAUGAGUUUGCCAACAGCGAUGGGGACGAGGACCUCACGGAGGACGACUCGGAGGACACGAACCAGAAGAAGAUGGCUAAGCCCCCCACCCGAGUGAAGAAGUCGGUGAUAAUGAAGAAGCGAAGGCUGAAGGUGAAAAAGUGAUCAUCUCCCACCAGAGGUCUUCUAAGGAAUGCCGUGAGCAUGCUCUCUGACAAGUGUUUUGUGGAUCUGCCGCACUCACCCACCAAAAAUGUGUUGUGCUUCAUGUGACGCACACUCACGUUUCAACAUUAUGUUGAAGAACUAUUCUAUUGACAGAGUGGUGCAUCGUAUCAUCACGUUCAUAAGAUAAAUGCCAAAGUCAUUAGUAGCCAUUUUGAGAAAAUGAGAAAAAAAACAACUGUUUCUUUAGAACAAUCAAUUCUGGGAAACGCUUUGAUUUUGGUACAUUGAAUUGAAUUUGUAUCUGGAUUAUUCUUUUGUGCUAGUGAAUAUUUGUAUUACCAAGCUGGCUCUGCAUUACAUUUCAGAACCAACAACUCCAAACCGGCCAAAAAUGACUCGGGCGGAAUUAUCAUAUGAGCCCAAGGAUAUGACGUACGCGCAUAUUUAUACGGUAAAGCAUUGUCUGAAUGAUUAUUUCCGGAGUAAUUCCAUGGACAGAGUGAGUUGUGAGUCGCCUGUGAUGGAACCCUCUGAUGUGAUGGGGUAAAAGUUGCUUUGUAUUUCUGUGAUGGGAAAAGAAAUCACUGGUCACCAAGAAUAUAUAUAUAUAUAUAUUUAUAUCAUGUGCAAGAUUUUUUUUAAUACACAGAACACAUGAUGAUACCAGCAUUGGUCGUGGGCAUUUGCUUACUUUUCGUCUACAAGUCCAAGCCGUGAUUGUGUUUGUAUGAUAGUCCGUUUUGUUUGACUUUGUUUUUCAGUUACAUGAAUUAUUGUCAAUGAUACCUCGUCCUCCAGUUAAUCCUACUCAGAGAAGGCUAUGAGCCUUCCUGUUUCUUAUGCGCCCUGGCGUUGGUAUGAUGUUUUCAUAGUAAUUAUAAUGCUGCGGCGCGUUGGUGCUCAUCAUCUCACACGGAGGAGAGAAGUACAUCAUAUGUGAGGCAUCGUGGUUAAAUGAGACGCUCGUCAAAAUAAUGAAAUCGGAGAAAACGCCAUUUUUCUGCUGGUCUGACAAUUUUUAUAGAAUUUAUGGUUUUUGGGUCAGCAUUUCUCACAUGCAUGUAAAACGCAGUAGAUUGAAAGCACAAAAAAUGGAAAUCUACUGCUUUCAAGGACUCUCAAGAUUUGGAAGUCACCAAGUUUUGGCAGCCAUUUUAUUGCUAAUUUUACCUCUGAAACCAGGCGACCCUAUCUUCUUCAUAGCAAAUAUCUGAACGUUUAUUCAAGGUAGAAGGGUUUGGGGUUUUUUUGUCUCAUGAAAGAAAAAUAAACAGGACAGGCUGUAAGAUGAUUUUAACAAGUCUAUAUGCCAAAACAUUGAAAAGCGCCUGAUUUCAGCGUGUCGUAAUAGUUCUACUUGCCACUUUGAUCUUUUGUUUUUGAUGGAAAGAAAUAUCUCUUUUUGUCUUUUUUUGAGCUUUACUAAAUAUGUGCCUCACAGAUGAGAUUUCUUGAACCUGCACGACGAUUAGUGUCUAAGAUCUUUGUUCAUUUAAUAGUGAAAUAGUGUAUUGAGUUGAACUUUAGUUCUGUCUUUUGCCGUCAGGCCAUGGUUCAAUUGAUCUGAGCUUUCACAUAAAUGUUUUGCAGCGUGUUUUCGUAACAUGGUACCUCAGGACAUUUUUGUCCUUAUUCUUUUCCACUAGAGAUUCUCAUGAGGUCAGUUUUUCAGGUGUUUCGCACGCUCAUAAUAUAAGUUAUAACCGUAUAACCUUAUGCAGCUGUGAGGGACGUAAAACUUUUACUUUACUAAACUAAGUUUCUCAGGUGUGUAGUGGAAGGUGCAACAUACAGGUCCUAUUUCUUUCAGGGCUUUUUUUUUGUGUGUGCACUUAAUGGCAAUUAUUGUGUCCAUGUGCUUCUCUUUAGCCCUAUCAGGAAAAGUUUCUCAUAUCAUUGUGCCAUAGUUUAGUUUAGAUGACUUCUUAUGCAGAUCUAUGAAUAACGGGUGUGUCUGGGAGUUUUUGCUUUGCUUUAGAGCAAAAUAAUAGUACUCAGACGAAUAGUUGUUGUUGGUACUUUUAUUUCGUGACUAGAAUCUUUCCAUUGGUAUUCACAGAAAAAUGAGUAGGAAUAAAACUAAUAGCCCUGUUUAGUUUUUGUAAAUUUGAAUCGCUGCAGAGAUUAAUUGUUUGUGCACCCCCAAAUUCCGUGGCAUUUGUAAACUACGUCUUGAAUUGUAAUAUUUAAUGAAUGUAACAAAAUAAUGCACUGCCUUGCGUCCCACACUACAUUAUUGUUGUAAUCCAUUGGCUUCCGUGGGGCUGAAUUUUUAAAGAGCAAACUUUGUUCAGCUGUCAUUCUUUGUCACAAAGGUGAUCUGAUUUCUUUUCUAUUCUCCGUAGCUUGCUGUCAUUUUCUUUCGAAUGAGCUUUUCUCCUGUUUCGUUAUCAAUUUUAAUUUUAUAUCAUCUGUCCUGAGUGUUUAUCCUCAUUUUCUUCAGGGUUUUCUACUAUUUUAUGACAUUCUUACGUGGGUUUCAGUUUUGUGCAAGAUCAUGUGUAUGCCUGCCUCGUAAAUGUUCUAAAGUGUGUCUCUAGGGAUUAGAGAUGUAACACGUUUUGAAAUUUGACAGAAAAUCAUGUGUUUGUACAUGUGUCUGAAGUGGGAAUCAUUUGAAGUUUUUGUUACUGUUUUUAUCUGGACUCUGUCAUGACUGUUAACUUCUCACUUUGGGGAUUCAGGGUCACACCCACUUUGUGAUUUCCUUUAUCUACAUUCCUUCCUCAAGGGCAUUCAAGCAUUUAUGUGAUGUUGUGCAGAAUAGAUAGAGAAACAAGUUAUGCCUAUGUACUUUAUGUACACUUGUCAAUGUAGUUUAAAUGAAUUGUGGAACUAAGGUGGUGGUUUUUUACACAGAACGUUCCAGUUUGUUGAAGAUAUUUAGGAAAAUCUGUUCUGAUAAUCAAUAUGUGUCAAAAAGCGUUUUCAAAAUACAAAAGUCCAUCUUACGGUCAUAAAUACUUUACUCAGUUAAUCAAAGAAAAAGAGCUAACCUUUGAUUCUACCAUAAAAUGUAUUGGUUUCGCUUAUUAGAAUGUAUUGGUUCUGCUAUACUACUGUAGUGUAAAGCACUUAGAGCUUGGUUUUGAGCAGGGGUAUGCGCUGUACAAAUGCUAUUUAGUGGACUCUAGUGUUUUCUCAGGAUUCUGCUAAAUGUAGUGUGUCAUAAAAACUAAUAUACCGAUAGUCAAAUUUAUUAUGUAUAUUUGAAUUACUACUUGUACCUUGUUAGUUUAAUGUAUAAUAUGUAUUUUGAUUGCUCAGUGUAAGAUUCCAUCUUGCGUCACUUUUCAAAAUGGCAUAUGGCAGAGUGUUACCCUAGACAAUCGAUUUGAAUUUUUUGGUACAUUCUGUUGUUCAAAUAAUAGGAUUAGGACUGAGUAUAUAUAAAACCAUUUGUCUUAAUAGCGCAUGCUUGUGUUGCCAAAGGAAUAAGUAUCUGAAAUGUGUAAUGUGUAAUUGAAUAUUUGCACACCUUGUGUCGUUGAAUGACUAUAAGAACUGAGUACAUUGUUUAACACUGUUUGUUUUAGGAGGAUUAAGUGUUUGGCCUUGCAGGGUUAGUUCCCUUUUAAAAAGAAAUACUUAAAAAAAAAAAAUUUGACCAAUCAGUGGGAAUACCAUGAUCCUUUUAUAGAAUGCAGCACAGAAGCCUGCUGUGUAAGUGAUCUAAAUUGUGUCCAUGGGGGCAUAAAAACUCCUGCAUUAAAAGAAAUGAUUUUUUAAAGAACGCAGGAUGUCUUUACCUCUGCUGGAUCUAUUAUUUUUGUUUUCGUGUCAUGUCGCUAAUAUCUCGCAGGCAAUUAGAGGGCACCACUGGUAGGUUCUGUUUCAUUAUUUUCUUUCCCACUGCUGUUUUUGUCUGUCUGUCUUUUUUCCCAAGCACAGGGUUAUCAUUAUUGUGUCCACGUGCUUCUCCUCGUUCGAGAUGGACACAAUCUUUCUAUCUUUGUCAUCAUUGUCUUUAUCAUCAUCAUCAUCAUCAUCAUCAUCAUCAUCAUCAUCAUCAUCAUCAUCAUCGUCAUCAUCAUCUUCUGAUCUUGGGGCCAGAUUCUCCCUCCGAUUCCACGUAUGCCUCAACCUCUCAAGGUGGUGGGUGGUUGGAGGGCGCCACUGGUAGGUCCUACAGCUUUACUUGUUGUUUCUGCCUGUUUGUCUUACUUUUCCCCCUCAGAAACAAACUAAAUGAUCAUCAUUGUGUCGAUGUGUGUCUCUUUACAGACUUUACUCAAACAAAUUGCUAGGUGUAUUUCAGUAGAGCAAUGUCAGGAAGAACAAUCCUCCCCCAGGUCUGCAAUAUCAUUUCUCCAUUCUCUUCUGUAGCUGGAGUUGUGUUACAGAACGGGGUAGCUAACCGUUUCCCUUGAUCACAACCCCCUCCCCACCCCCAUCCGUUCUGAACCGGGCUUAGGGCCAUGUUUGGCGGAGUUAUCUUUCUCUUCUUAAGUCAUGCUAAUGUUGCGGAAAUCCACCACAGGGAGCUAUUUUUCGCCUGUAUUUGUUUACCUUGUGUUGCUGACAGUGUUGAUUGCUUGUGCCUUUUUUUAAAUCUUGGAUUUCUGACUCCAACUCCACAUUUCUCAGUGGGUGGUUGGCAGAGGUGCUGUGGUGUGGUUUGCUCCAACUUUCCUCGGGAUUUUGUUUCCCUUUGGUUUAUCGAUAUUUUCGGAUGAACCGUGUUUGGUUUAGUUUUAGCGGACUUCUCUGCAGUAGCCAUGCACCCCUACCACCACCAGCACCGCCACCAAACCUCCCUCCAUCUUUCCAUGUUAUGUAUAUAUCUUGUAAUACUUUGGUAGCGGGCAACUGGAAAAAGCAAAGAUUUGAGUGCUCAUGGUCACUUUUAUGGUAGAACUUCUUUCAAGAAGAGUUCCUAGCUCAAUAUCGUAGGUCUUACUUUGCAGGGUUUUUUUUAGUUUAGGGGUAUAAUAUAAAACACAUGAUAAUAAUAAAAGUAAUAAUGGUAAUAAUAAUAUUAAUAAUAGUAAAAUGACAAUAAUAGUAGUAGUAGUAGUUGUAGUAUCUUGUGCUCUGACAAUGGGCAACUGGGAAAGGGGUAGAUUUGAGUGGCAGAGGUCACUACUAUUAUUGUAGAAAUGUUUCUCAUAUGAUGUCCUUUGUCUUCUUAUGUUGAUGUGUUGGUAGGUGUGUGUGUUUUGUAAAAUAACUAGAAUAAUAAUUCUAAUAAUAAUGAUAAGAAAACCAUGAUAAUAAUGUAUCAUUCAUCCAGUCUCAAAAGGUGAGUAUAGUUAGAGUUCCUCUUUCUUUCCAUCUUGACUGACAAUAUUGUUUUGUCAUCCAUGAAAUCUGUGAGUUAUCCAUGACAUGCAUGACUAACCAGUGUAAGAGUUUAUAAAUAAAUCAGUUUUACUAGGCACUAUUGUAUCUGAUUUCUUGAAGUUCACUUACAAUUAAGAAAAAUGUUUUAAAGCAACAACAACCUCCCCCCCAAAAAAACAACAAAACAAAACAAAACAACUCACCAAGUGUAGACUGCUUUAGAAUCAGAAAAAUGUACAACUUUGAAAUUAUAUUUGUGCUGUUUUUAACUACGCUGCCCUUUGAGAAUUCCUCAUGAAUAUGCAAAUAUUAAUUGCUUUUUAUUAUUCCGUGCCAGUUUGGAGAGCUGUUUGUGCGGUGAAGUCUCAACUUUCAAAUUGCCGGCAUGUGGGGUGUGGUGGUCGUGCAUUUCACUUUGGCAUGCUGGAAACCCAAGUUUGUUUCCCAAGUGGGGAGAAAUUCUAUCUUAUAUCUCCGUCUUUCUGCUGUGAAGUUGUGUCCUUCUCAACCUGGGUUGGCCCUUGAAGGCAUGGUUGGGAGUCUACUUCCUAAAUGGUCUAGAUUGUGUCAAUGAGGGUGUAAAAAACACAUACCGUGCAGCCUCUCUUCUCUAUAAUGACAUCGUCGGGAUCAGAAAAAAAUGUCGCUACAGAGAGUUGUUGUUAUAGAGAGGCAACCAAAAAUAUUACUUAUGAUAAUAAGGGAAAAAUGGGGACCUGGGCACCAUGUCGCUAUACAGAGGGAGGAUGUCGUUUUAUCGAAGGUGGUUAUAGAGAGGCUGCACUGUAUAUUAUGUCACUUUCAAAUUGAACAACUUUCCUUGUUAAACUGUGCCCACUUGCCCUGACUUAAUGAGUAUUUUUCUUUUUCUUCUUCGGCGAAGAUUUGUGGGAUUGCCUUUGAAGUGUGCAUUUCUAGUAUUGGAACAAUUGACGAUUUGAUGAUUUGAUGAUUUGAUGAUUUGAUGAUUUGAUGAUUUGAUGAUUUGAUGAUACAAUGAACAUAAUAUGUAUGUUUCCUCUGGGUUUUUUUGAUUUGCAUGCGUGUCCUUUUUGAAAAAGCAGCUGAGAAAUGUAAUUAAGUUUUUCAUAGUGUUUAAAUGUCUUUAAGCUUUUAAGUUAUGCGCUCUGAGAGGGUAAUUUGCAUUGAAUUGUGGCUUUGAAGAAAAUUUUGAUCUCCAGUUAAUGUGUCGUGGUAUGUUAGUAGACAUUUGACGCUGCUCCUUUUUUCUUAAACGUCUAUUGUCCUUUUCUCUUCGCCUUUUUAUCUUUGUAUAUUACUCUGCAGAUCUAGUAGUAACACCUGUAAUCCUGGGCACUUACACGUGAUUUAUUUGGGGUGCAGUUGCUGUAAAAUUCUUCCCAAAGUUAUACAAUUGAAACGAAGUCGCUUCCGAAUAGGAUUUCAUUUUAGAAAGGUACUGCCUGAUGGGAUGAGUGAAUAUUAUUUAUAAGGCUUUUGUCAUCUGUUUCUGUACUUCGGACAUUUCUAUUCUUUGUGUCAUGUUUUUGUCUCUAUGACCGUUAGCUUUCAGUCAGAGUGACCUGUUUCUUUCUCGUAGGAUGAUGAACUGAGUCAAUUACAAAAAGAGCUUGUGCUUCCUGUUGAGUCCUACUUUGUUUUAGUUUUUGAUUCCUUCUUCUUUCUCUAAUACAUUAGCUUUAAAAAUGGCAUUUCCUACACAUAAUAGUUGUGUACCAUAAUUUUUUGGUAAGUUUGCCGAUGUACAUGCUUCAUUGCAUAUAUUGAAAUUUAUUAACUUGCUUGAGUUGAUCUUCGGUUAGGUAGAUCUUUUUCUGGGGUUCCAGUAUCUCUACCUUUUUACAGUUCCCAAUGGUUAAGCUGAACUUCGGGUGGGUUGAUCUUUUUUUCCACUCCCCCGACGACAUCAACUCCUCUGUAGUUGACUGCAUUAUAUUGUAAACUUUCAGUCACAUCUUGUUGGUAGCUUUUUAAAGUUGUAUUUUCCAGUUUUUAUAGUGAUGUCCGCUUUUCUUUAUGUUUAUACCAUGUAUUGAGUUUCAAGUCACACAGUACCUCUUGGAGUUACCUCUAAGUUAUGCAAUAAACUGUGGCCAUUUGUUUUAUUGUAAGUGUGAAAUGCACGUUUUUGCACGACGACUCAACCAGGUUUGUUUUUUUUUGGUUUUUUUGUUUUUGUUUAUUGUUCCAUUACAUGCUGCUGAUGCUGAUACUUUUCGAUGAAAUGUUUCAUACUCGUGAUAUGUUGCCGUCUGUGUGUUAUGCUCUUCUUAGCUUUUAGUUUCGGUCUGUUAUUUUCACAGCUCUAAAAAGUUUGCCGUUCCUAUUGAGAUGUCUGACCAAUGCAACAAUAAAUUUUAUCUUUUCGUUCCAAA